AAUCAGUCCUACCGGAGACACAUAGAUGAACUGGGAGGCCAAAAUGACAAAAUUGCAGAUGUUGCUGUGUUUGGCUGGCGUCAAAAACCACUCUGUCCAUUCCUCUUAUCACUGGCCUCAGCUUCAAGACUGAACACCUCUCUCUCUUCACAUGGCAACCGUGUCUGCGACAGAGUAGGAGAGCUCCAGAGGAUGAGCUCCCUGGUCAGCACCUCGCACCUCCAGCUAGCCGCCUUUGCUCUGGGCACGGUGGGCUGGAUCCUGUGCACCGUUUCAAUGGGAAUUGUGGAAUGGAGAGUGUGGCACGUGAACAACACCACCAUCAUCUCCUCUGGCGUUGCCUGGGUGGGGAUUUGGAAAGUCUGCUUCAUCAGUUACCUUCACGUCUCGCCUGGCUAUAAAGAACAGUUCUGCCAUAAAUUCAGUGGCUAUGACUCCUCCAUCCCCCCUGAAAUUUAUGCUGCUCAGGGUCUCCUGUUGAUCGCCAUGUGCGUGGGCUUGCUGGGAUUGACUGCCACAGUAUUGGCUCUGAGAAAUGUUUAUAUGGGAAUCACUCACAAAACUCUCAUUACCCGUUUCUUCCUGGUGGGUGGCUUCUUCUACACACUGGCUGGUCUGUGCGUCCUGAUUCCUGUGAGCUGGAAUUUCUAUUCGGUAACGCACAAUCAGAGCAUUGCUUUUCCUCCUUCUUACUACAUGCCAUCCAGCCCAGCGGCGCAGGAAGCUGGUGCUGCCAUUCCUAUCGGGAUUGUAGCUGUCAUCCUCCUGCUGCUAAGUGGGACUUUUUGUCUCUCAUACAGAUUUCCAGUGACUGCAAACACUAUCACGAACUCCUGACAGGAUAAAUCCCUCCCUGUGCUGUUUCAGAACAGGAGCAUAGUCGAGAGAAAAGGUCAGCGGCAUGAGUGAUUUUAUAACCAAGGAUCUACAGAAUUUAAUUUUGGUCUAUAGCAGCCACACUAUUUUGUUAUAUGAACCAGCUGAAUUACCAUCUUAGUUGUCACAUAUGACCGGAGGUUCAACUUUGACAUAAUUGCUGUUGAGCAGCAACUGUGAUUAUCUUUUACCAGUUGUCCUCUUUUGUACACACAAAUGCUAUUAAUUUAUUUUUUGUGUAAGAUAUUUGCCAUGCUCAAAGAGCUGACUCUGAAUUAACUGUCCUGUUAGAAAAAUGUGAAAUAACAUGUGUUAAAUGUGAACUUGUUUCCUUGUUGGUACUAAACUGUUUUGUCCAUUAUUUAAUUACAUCUGUAGCAAAGUAUGCUUUGUGACAAGUCAAGACUUUUAAUACCAAUAGUAUGACUGUCAUCAUGGUUGGGUCAAAUGAGUCUUCUCUGAAUUGUCUUACAAAGGUCUUGCCAGUUUCUCCUCUUCCUCCAGGGUACAUGAAGAGCUGUGUCUUUUUAAUGCUUCUGUUUUUCUUUCAAGCUAUUUGCAUUUUAUGUUGCAACAUGUUUGCCUGUGGGCAAGGUGCGCUCCUAGAUCUUCACUUAGGCAGAGCCAAAAAGUCUGCAAGUGUUUGUGCCUUCAUCAGACACUUCACUGAAUCCAAAGGUAUUGCAAAAGAUGGAAACAGCUUCUACAAGCUAUUACAAAACUGCUGUCAAAAUCAGUGUUCUUGGUGACUGGGACUAUUCAGUACAACUUACAGGGUAUGAUUCAUUUGACCUGAUGUAGACAUCUAUACAUAAACCGGUCACUUCAGGCUCCAUUUAUAGUCAAUGUAGAGACAAAGGCAGUCUUGUCCAAAAUAGAUGCCUAGAAUGGCUGGAAGAAGACAUGAUCCCUAAAAACCUGUUUCUUUUAACCCACAACUUCACCUAAGCUAGAUAAAGUUAGGUGAAAUGAAUCUGUCAUUUACGUGGCAUUUCACAUGCCAGUGCCAUUAAGAAAAAAAAAAAUAAAUGUCCCAAACUAUUUUGCAAUAAGGGCAAUAAAAAAAAAUUAAGAGGUUAGGAGGAAUGAGUAAACAGUGUUGACAAACUGGCGACCUCUUGAAAACAGGUUCCUCAAAAAGUUAUUACACUUAAAGGAAUGCUACAAGAAUCGAAGUAAUUCAGUUUUACCCUUUUAAUUGUCCUCCAUUUUCUGAAAUACUCAUGGAUUCAGAGAAAGAAGAAAAUGUAACCAAAAUGUAAUAAUAAUUCUUGUACAUUGCAAGCAAAGGUAAAAUGCCAGCCAACCAGGUCUUGUUGCUUGUUUACUACCUCAACUUGUCCUAGCAGUCCAAUUCUUCCUCCACAUCUUCCACACGUUCUCAGCUUUGCUGUACUGUCUGUCUAUACGAAUGCCUACAGCACCUUCAUUUCCUCUCCGGUCUUCCAGCCUCUUCUGAAACAGCAGCUCUGCUCAUAUUGGUAAUUUUUUCAUCUGCUGCAAGGGUUUAUCUUUUGACUGUUUACAAUGCUGUAAAGCACUUUCAAGUGGUGUUUCAAUGAAGGCAAGUGAUUUAAUAGCUUGUUUAUUAUAUAUUGUUUCUAGUUUGAUUUCUACUAUACAUCCUUUACAAUGUUAGUAGGUUUUGUUUUUAAAUGUGCAAGUCAAUAGAACUGUUAUCUCUUCCCACAGGGCCUAAAUAAUGUUAGAUUUUAUCUUAUUGUAGUUGUAAGGAGAAAAAGAGCUCUAUCCAUGUGUUUAUGCCAGCAUUUCCCCAUGCUAAUAAACCACCCAUAGUCCCUGGCAAGGAAUUUGAACUUUAACAGAAAAUUACUGAUUCUUCAAGUUUUUUUGAGUUCUUGUAUGCACAGAAACGUCAAUAACAGCAACUGUAUUUCUCAGCUAUAUUCACUAAAUGAUUUGGUUUGAUUUACAUUUAUUCUUCUUGGCUAAAAGGAAAAGCAACAAACAACAUCAGACACACACCAAGUUUCUGCGUUGCUGCCACAGCUGUCUCCCCCUGGGACUCUGUUGAUCUGCCCUGAUGCAUGGCUAUAGAAUGCUGGUGGUGUGUCAGACUAGAUGGU